ACCAAGUUUAGAGCGGCUUUCUCUGAGCACCAAUGAAACUCCGCAACGUGUUCCGAUCCCCUGGGCUUGAGACCAUUCAAUCAGAACUUGCAGAACAUCACCGACAAGCUCGCCUGCUUCUUCUCAACGGCUCCUCUUCAUUGUGGAAGGCCAAAGGUCACAGUUCUAUCACCUUCAGAUUUCAGAGCAGCUGAAUUUCCCUCUACGCAACCAAGCUGGGAGCUGCAUCUUGCCAAUGUCUCCCUCUAUUACCCAGCUGAAAAUAGUCAAAAAGCUUAAAAACUGUAAGAUUUCCGCUCAAAUGAUAAAUGAUGUUUUGUGAUUUGAACCGCACUGAUCUGGGUAAUGGUUGAGAAGGUCCAAUCCUUGUUCAGGUUAGUUUCACUUUCGUGGCAAAUCGGUGGUGGAAGUUGAAAUUUCUGUUUCUGGAAUAUGUACAUGGAUAGGAACUGCAACUGGCGAGUGUUUCCUCCAAUACCCACUUGAAUAAACCGUAAGAUUUCUACUCAAAUCAUUGGAAAGUUAUGUGAUUUUAACUUUACCGAUCUGAGAAAUGGUUCAGAAGGUCUAAUCCUUGUUUGGGCUACCUUCAUUUUCAUGGUUCGUUAGUGCUGAAAGUUGAGAUUUCUGUUUCUGGAAUGUGUACAUGGGAUCAAAAUGUUGGUGAGCAGAUUUGAUUGGAACCCUGUUGGGUCUUUUAAGCUUUUAGUUGAAAGGGUUUUGAGUUUCAGUAAAUCUAUUAUUGGGGGGCAUUUUCACAGUUGGGUUCACCAAUCAUUCAACACUCUGCUGCUGCUCGGCUCAGUCAUAUUUUUCCUUAUAGCCAUUGGGUGUUCAUAUCUGUACCUAUUUCCUGCGUUCCAUUUGGUAAUUCCUGGUUAUGGAAUACCCAAGUCCAGGAGUAUAGCUAGCCAGUGUAAUGUAUUUGAAGGAAAGUGGAUCCGAGACGAAAGUUAUCCUUUAUAUGAUGCAUCCCAAUGCCCUUUUGCAGAACGUGGAUUUAAUUGUCUGGCUAAUGGGAGAAAGGAUAGUGGUUAUCUUAAAUGGAGGUGGAAGCCCAAUAAUUGCGAUGUUCCAAGAUUUAAUUUGACUGUAAUUCUCGAAAAGCUUCGUGGGAAACGGGUGAUUUUUGUUGGUGAUUCAUUGAGUAGGACGCAGUGGGAGUCUAUGAUAUGCAUCCUCAUGACUGGCGUGGAUGAUAAGAAGAGUGUAUAUGAAGUCAAUGGGAAUAAGAUCACCAAACAGAUUAGGUUUUUAGGGGUUCGGUUUAGUUCCUUCAAUUUUACAAUUGAGUUCUACCGUUCUGUUUUUCUCGUGCAGCCUGGCCCUGUUCCAAAGCAUGCACCAAAGAGGGUAAAGUCGGUGCUUAAGCUUGACAAGUUGGAUGGAAUCAGUAAAGAGUGGAUUAAUUCUGAUGUUCUGAUCUUUAAUUCAGGACACUGGUGGACAAGGGGGAAGCUUUUUGGAACGGGCUGCUAUUUCCAGCAAGGUGGUUCACUAAAGCUUGGGAUGCCAAUCAUGACUGCCUUUAGAACAGCCUUAAACACUUGGGCUUCUUGGGUCGAGAGUAAGGUGAACUCCAGUAGGACACACAUAUUCUUUCGAACUUUCGAAUCUUCUCAUUGGAGUGGUAAAACCCGAAACAUUUGCAAAGUGACACGACGCCCCUCGUCAAAAACUAGAGGGAGGGACCGAAGCCCAAUUUCAGACACGAUAAUGGAAGUGGUGAAGAACAUGACUGUUCCUGUGACAGUCCUACAUGUUACACCCAUGGGGGCGUUCCGAAGUGAUGGAAAUGUAGGCACUUGGACUGACAAUCCAUCCGUGCCUGAUUGCAGCCAUUGGUGCCUGCCUGGAGUGCCUGAUACCUGGAAUGAAAUUCUCUUCUCACAUCUGUUUUCUGGAAAUGGAUUUUCCCUUCUGUGAUCAGAAACAAUUUGCAAGCAGUUCAUAUACCAGGUGAAUUGACUUGGUUCUUCCUUCCCAAUUCAAGUUCUUUACCACGUGUGCAUUUGAAGACCUACUUCAAAUUAUCUACCCUUCGCAGAUUGCAAGAAUCUAAUGUAAGAUAUCAACAUGAUUUCUAGGACUUCUUCUAAAGGAUUAAUUUUUUUUUUACUUAAUUAUUUUUUCCCUCUUCUUGAGGCUGCAGAACAACCAAUUCUCCUAAUUAACACGAGCUACAUGUCCAAUGUAUUCUUCUAUCUUUUUAUUUUUUAUUUUUGUACUGGGACGCAUGCUACUUGAAAGAUCAUCAAAGCAAUAAAAUGUUUGUAUGUCUUCCUUAUGUUAA